ACUUUGACAACCUACGCCGAGGAACAAGUUUUAGAGAAGCAGGAGGAACAACUUUGGGCCAAUUUAUUUUCUCCUUCAGAAGACAUUGUUGUGGAGUCGGCGAAAGGCAUCUCCGCUCAAUUACAAGAAUUGAGUCAUCUAGACGAAGAUGUAGUUGAAUUGGCUGACAGUCAGCUUUCUCCAAUUAUUGCAAACAAUGGGGUAAAAGAACAAACACGAAAAGAAGAAGAAGAAGAAGGAGGAGGAGGGUCAUUAAUUGAGUCUUAA